CACCCCACCCACCUCUUAUGGAUGGAACAAGCCCCGGCGACCCCAACACCGGUGGCGGCUGUCGGCACCACCUCCCUCUCCUCCCUGGCCAGAGAUCCACCUCCUGAUUCCUCUCCAAUCCCGCCGCCGCUGACCCCCAAUGGGUUGUGGUGGCCCGGCAAGGCUGCCUCACGCCUCGAGGUCCCCGAUGACUGCCUCGUGCUACCCCGCUCGCCCGCCACCCCCAUCCUGCUCCUCGAUCGCUGCGAGGGGACUGCCUUCAUCGAAUGGUGCAACCUAGAGAGGAGCAAGCGCGUCAAGCCCUUCCGAUGCGGGGAGGCCGACCUGGCCGACCUCAUCCACCCCCGCCGGCGAAAGCUCAUCACCACCCUCCCUCUUCGGAUAUACAUGGACGGAUGGGGCGACAACACCGGAAACCCUAUCCCCUCGCCCACGCAUCACCCAUGAUGGGGACGGGGCGACGACGGCGGAUCCGCACGCACCUUCUCUCGGUGGGCACUAGGGAGGGGACCGACGCAUCCUGCUGCGAUGGCCGACGAAUGCCUCGUCCUUCAUCUCCGGCCAUGGAUCUCCAACCGUGGUUGCUGGGUGUCCAUGGAUCUCUUCUCUGUUUCUUCAUCUCCCCUCCAUCUCAUUACUCGUGCGUUUAUUUUGUGUCCUAUCUGUAGAAAAAGAAGCUCUUGCUGCUGCUGCAGGUGGACAAUGAAGGAAGCCCUCAUCCUCAUGCCUGUUGCUGCUGCUUGCUGAGUUUGUUUGGUGGACAUCCGAUUCCUGCUGCAGGAUCUCCAUGCCUAAAAAAGUUGAAGUGCGAAGCCCUGAAGCAAAUUGUGUGAAACACUACUUAUCCAAGAAUGCAUAUUAUAUAUUGUAAUAGUAGGCAUAUCUGCUUUGUAACAGGCUAGAAAAAUUAUAAUAUACUACCUUCGUUUUAA